CUGGGAGAUAGAGGAGCUCCCCAGAGCUUGGGGUCAGGACAUCAGGCUUCAAUAUCCUUUGCAAGUCCUGGGAACAAGGGAGCUUCCAGGCUAGCUAAGAGGCUGCAAGUGUCGCUGCCUCCCCGAGGAUCACCCUCCUUAAGCCACGCCCACAUCGUCUACUUCUCGAGAUUGAGAGGCUAAGGUUUUGCGCUCUGGGCCAUCGUUGCGGGCUCAUCCUCCUCCCCAGGAGCCAGGCCAGUGCUCAGCGCUGCCCCACCCCCACGUUUGGAGAUUGGCGGGACCCCUUCCUUUCCCCCUCCAUUUCGCAGUUCCGCCUCUGGCCUAUGAAACUCCACCCCUCCACCUUCUGCUGGCGAGGAUUGGUGAAGCUCCCGCGGCGGUGCCUAGUGAUUGGUCCCCAUGGAUGAUGGUAACCAGCGAGAUCCCGCCCCCAGCAGGCGCUGAGGUCUGGGGGCACUGCUCAGCGGUGCUGGGGCUGGCGCGGCUUGAGCCGCCGCCGCACUGACAGCUCGGUCUGCGGACCAUGGAGACCGGCGCCGGCCCACAUCCGCUGCGCCUGUUCGUCUGCCUGAUGCCGCUCUGUCUGACGUUGCUUUUGGGACCAGGGAGGCCCGGGACCGCCGAGGAAGUCAUUCUCCUGGAUUCCAAAGCCUCCCAGGCUGAGCUGGGCUGGACCGCCCUGCCAAGUAAUGGGUGGGAGGAGAUCAGCGGCGUGGACGAGCAUGACCGUCCCAUCCGCACAUAUCAGGUGUGCAACGUGCUGGAGCCCAACCAGGACAACUGGUUGCAAACUGGCUGGAUCAGCCGUGGCCGCGGGCAGCGUAUCUUCGUGGAGCUGCAGUUCACGCUGCGCGACUGCAGCAGCAUCCCGGGCGCCGCCGGCACCUGCAAGGAGACUUUCAACGUCUACUACCUGGAAACAGAGGCUGACCUGGGCCGCGGGCGUCCCCGCCCAGGUGGCAGCCGGCCCCGCAAGAUCGAUACAAUCGCGGCGGAUGAGAGCUUCACGCAGGGCGACCUGGGCGAGCGCAAGAUGAAGCUGAACACAGAGGUGCGCGAGAUCGGUCCGCUCAGCCGGCGGGGUUUCCACCUGGCCUUUCAGGACGUGGGCGCAUGCGUGGCGCUGGUCUCCGUGCGCGUGUACUACAAGCAGUGCCGCGCCACGGUGCGGGGCCUGGCGGCGUUCCCAGCCACCGCAGCCGAGAGCGCCUUCUCCACGCUGGUGGAGGUGACGGGAACGUGCGUGGCGCACUCAGAAGGGGAGCCCGGCAGCCCCCCGCGCAUGCACUGUGGCGCCGAUGGCGAGUGGCUGGUGCCCGUGGGCCGCUGCAGCUGCAGUGCGGGAUUCCAGGAACGUGGUGACAUCUGUGAAGCCUGUCCCCCAGGGUUUUACAAGUUGUCCUCGCGCCGGCUGCUCUGCUCCCCGUGCCCGGAGCACAGCCGGGCCCUGGAAAACGCCUCCACGUUCUGCGUGUGCCAGGACAGCUACGCGCGCUCGCCCACCGACCCGCCCUCGGCCUCCUGCACCCGUGAGUGCCCCUCCGGAAAGCGUGGGGGGCGGGGGGGUGGGAGUCAGGAAAGGCCCGGUGGAGGGGUUGCCGAGGCAGGGGGCUCUGCCCUGGGGAGCGUGGGGCAACGCGCCGCCACGCUGCUCCACCUGCGGCCCGGGGCGCGCUACACCGUGCGCGUGGCGGCGCUCAACGGCGUGUCGGGCCCGGCUGCCGCCGCGGGAGCCACCUACGCGCAGGUCACCGUGUCCACGGGGCCCGGGGCGCCCUGGGAGGAGGAUGAGAUCCGCAGGGACCGAGUGGAGCCCCAGAGUGUGUCCCUGUCGUGGCGGGAGCCCAUGCCCGUCGGAGCUCCGGGGGCUAACGGCACCGAGUAUGAGAUCCGAUACUACGAGAAGGGUCAGAGUGAGGAGACUUACUCCACGGUGAAGACAGGGGCACCUGCGGUCACUGUCACCAACCUGAAGCCGGCUACCCGCUACGUCUUUCAGAUCCGGGCGGCUUCCCCAGGACCCUCCUGGGAGACCCAGAGCUUCAAUCCCUCCAUUGAAGUUCAGACCCCAGGGGAGGCUGCCUCAGGGUCCAGGGACCACAACCCUGUGGUCGUCGUCACCGUGGUGACCGUCUCAGCCCUCCUCGUCCUGGGCUCUGUGAUGAGCGUGCUGGCCAUGUGGAGGAGGCCCUGCCCCUAUGGCAAAGGAGGUCAGGACGCCCACGACGAGGAGGAGGAACUGUAUUUCCACUUCAAAGUCCCGACACGCCGCACAUUCUUAGACCCCCAGAGCUGCGGGGACCCGCUGCAGGCUGUUCAUCUGUUUGCCAAGGAGCUGGAUGCGAAAACCGUCACACUGGAGAAAAGCCUUGGAGCAGGGCGGUUCGGGGAGCUGUCCUUCGGCUGCCUGCAGCUCCCGGGCCGCCAGGAGCUCCCCGUGGCCGUGCACACACUGAGGGAUGGCUGUUCCGACUCUCAGAGGCUCAGCUUCCUGGCUGAGGCCCUCACGCUGGGCCAGUUCGACCACAGCCACGUCGUGAGGCUAGAAGGUGUCGUCACCCGAGGAAGCACCUUGAUGAUUGUCACUGAGUACAUGAGCCACGGGGCCCUGGACGGCUUCCUGCGGCGGCAUGAAGGCCAGCUGGCGGCCGGGCAGCUGUUGGGGCUGCUGCCCGGGCUGGCGUCAGCCAUGAAGUAUCUAUCGGAAAUGGGCUACGUUCACCGGGGCCUGGCGGCCCGCCGCGUGCUGGUCAGCAGUGGCCCUAUCUGCAAGAUCUCUGGCUUUGGGCGGGGCCCCAGGGACCGAGCAGAGGCUGUCUACACCACCAUGAGCGGCCGCAGCCCAGCACUGUGGGCCGCGCCUGAGACGCUUCAGUUCGGACACUUCAGCUCUGCCAGUGACGUGUGGAGCUUUGGUGUCGUCAUGUGGGAGGUGAUGGCCUUUGGGGAGCGGCCCUACUGGGACAUGUCUGGCCAAGACGUAAUCAAGGCAGUGGAGGAUGGCUUCCGGCUGCCACCCCCCAGGAACUGCCCCUUCCCCCUACACCGGCUGAUGCUUGACUGCUGGCAGAAGGACCCAAGUGAGCGGCCCAGGUUCUCCCAGAUCCACAGCAUCCUGAGCAAGAUGGUGCAGGAUCCAGAACCCCCAAAGUGUGCCACGACCACCUCUCCCAGGCCUCCCACCCCCCUGGCGGACCGUGCCUUCUCCACCUUUCCGUCCUUCGGCUCCGUGGGCGCGUGGCUGGAGGCCCUGGACCUGGGCCGCUACAAGGACAGCUUCACCGCCGGUGGUUACGGGAGCCUGGAGGCCGUGGCCGCCAUGGCCGCCCAGGACCUGGUGAGCCUGGGCAUCUCGUCGGCGGAACAUCGAGAGGCCCUCCUCAGCGGGAUCAGCGCCCUGCGGGCACGCGUGCUCCAGCUGCAAGGCCAGGGGGUGCAGGUGUGAGCCGCUCUCCUUCCAGGCCAUGACCGCAGGCCUCACAGGGACCCUGGCACGCGGCACCCCUGCGGGGUGGAAGGGAGCGCGCUCUCCCUGCGCUCGGGCCCAGGGCUUGUUUGGGACCACAGUUCCCCUCAUUUCACUGCCUACUCCUCCCAUUUUCCCCAGUCUGAACACCUUGGCUGACUCAGUCCCCUUGGCCAGAGGGUUUAAAUCCCUGGGGAGAACCCCUGCGAUAACAGCAGGAGGCAAUGCAGGGUUCCAGAGACCACGGUGGGCAGGACGGAGAGGGAAGACGUAGCUUUAAAUAGCCUGGUUCAUGUUUUUCUGUCUUCCGCACCCACUGGGGCCUGGGGCCUACCCCAGUGGGUGCCCCUUUUUCCCACAGGCCUAUUGGGCAGUUGGCAGCAUGGGUCCCUAAUAAGCUCCCAUGAGACUCGGCAGGGGCCACAGCUGCUUGGCAGCCCACCCUGAAGGGCCUGGAGAGGCAAGGGCCUCAGCUCCCUGCACUUGGGCUCGGCCCUGUCUGCACACUGGUCCUGAGGCCCAGGCAGCGAAGGUGGUGCUGAGCUCCGGUGCUGGACCCCAAGGGCCCCGAUUCAGGAGCCAAUUUCUGCUUCCCCUGCCUUUGGGCUGCGAGUUCAGGGUGAGGGUGAGGGCCCUGGCUAGGCCAUCAAGGUCCUGGUGCUUCCCUGAGGUCCAGCUAGGCCUCCCCUUCGCAUUCCUUUUCUAGAAGAGCAUGAGGUGAGAUGUUUUCUCCCCCGGAGGACCCGUGAGCUUUGCUCUCCUGCCUCAGGGGAUGGUGAAGAGAUCCUUGGGGGUGGACCUUCUCUCUCUGACAGGCUCUGAGCCACACUGUGCAGAGAGGAAAGUCGGAGGCUGGUGGAGGAGUCAGGGCCAGGGCUGGGGUUGGAACGCAUGCCCUCAACUCCCAGUCCGAGGGAGAGAGAGUCCCUGGUCCUACCUUGUGAUACCAACACUCUUCCCCGAGGAAGCCCGAGGGUACUCUGAGGUGACCGCCUCUUGCGAGUGCUGUCUCCUGGGCACCCCUCAGCCUCCCAGGGAGCACCUUCUCCCUCUGGCUUCUGUGGGGCUCUGGCAAGAGUGGCCACACUGAGCUAACUUGAGUUCUGUAUCCAGAAGGGCUUCCCAGAGGCGGUGGUGAUCGAGAGGCCACGGCAGGAAGGCAGCUGGUCUGGACAGGAUUCCUGGGGCUGCAUUUGUCUAGGUCACCCCUGACAUAGGCCCACUCUGGGCUUGGCUGUGUGGGGUGGGGUGGGGUGGGUGGGAAGGAGGAGCCAAGGGGGAGAAGAAGGGGGUGAAUGAAACAUGGAGCUGGCCCGUGGAGGGCUCAGCCUAGGUGGGGAGACAAGCUCAGGCACUGAGAAGUACAACAGGGGUGCCUUCCAAAGGUGCCCUGGGCCCCACAGGAGACCUUGGGGUCUGUGGGCCAGUGGGCCUGAGGGCAGAUGGACACUCGUGAUUUGUGUCUAUGGAGGUGUGUCUGGAAAGGCUUCUUGGCUGAGAGGCUGAUGCAUAAGUUGAACAAGGCUUUGCAGGUGGGGGUGGGGGGCGUCUGUCCUGGGGGGUGGAGUUUUGCAUAGGCCAGGAUGGACAGCCUAGGGUAAGAGGCAUCCAAGCUGAGGGGCUGGCACAAGA